AUGUCGCUUAUUGUUCCGGGAAUCGCCCCAUUUUUGGAUUUCACCGGCCUAUUGAUGUUCGUCGAGAAAAUCUCUAUUUACAUGAUCGCCGGUGCCACGUUAUAUUUUUUACGCACCACUAAUACCCGAGAUAUCGAGUAUAAUGCUGAUCUCCCCGCAUAUGAAACGAUCUUUAACGAAAUUCUCACCGCUCGUGAUGUCCGAUUUACCAGCGAACUUGCUGAUCGUGAUGCUAGACUUGAUGAAAUCGAAGAAGUCCUUCGAACCUACCGUUUUCUUAACGAAUGUAAGAUAGAGCCUUUCGAGCGUAAGAUAGAUCAGUACCUAAGAUGCCUUAACACAAUUACUGACAACGAGAAAGACAAGAGGAAGGAAAGGGCGGAGAUACUUCUUAGAGCAUACAGAGAGGCAAGCCAUUCGCCGAGCCACAAAACCAAUGCUGGAGCACAGGGUACAGGAUCCUCAAACAGAUCGAAAAAAAGCGAGAAAAUGGGAAAAGGAACGUUUGCGCAAGCAGGAAAUAUGGGGACGAUAACUGGAUCGUUAGUUGUUGGAUCAAAAAGAGAUCGGGAAAAGGACGAGAUCAACUACUUCUUUCAGAGUCCAUCCGAACGAGAAUCAUCCAAUCUGUUUAAGAAGCUACGAAAAUCCGAUGAACAAGAUAUUUCCAACGAGAAGGAUGACGAGAUUGAAACCACCAAAAGUCCCUCCGCAAGUUGUGUCCACGAAUCACAAGAUAUAAAUAAAAACGUGAAGAGUGAUGCGAAAGAAGAUACAGAUAUCGAUGCUGGGCAAAUUGCAAUGUCUUCGUCAUUCUACCAGACAACAGAUAACAUUGGCGUGGUUAUGAAUGACAAGAAUUUAAUGAACGAGAUUCAUAAUGAACCCGAAACUUCCAAUAAUGAUAACAAUGAUUACAAUGAAAAGCUUGAUGACGAGGAAAUAAAAUUUGAUUUAGCAAACAUCACGAAGGAACUACAAAAAGAACCGACAGUUGAGUGGAAGGUUGGUUCCAUCAAUGUGACACAGAGGUUUUGGCAAUAUCAAAUAGAGAUGCUUAAAAAGGCGGAUAAGGGAGGGUUGACAUAUGAAAACAUUUACGAAAUCUU